CUCCUCCUCUUCCUGUGACGUCAUACCCACCAGGAGAAACUCCAUUCUAGUCACUCCCGGAAGUGAAGCUGUGAGCCGCAAUCAUGCACCGGAGAGGGGUGGGAGCGGGGGCGAUAGCCAAGAAGAAGCUGGCGGAGGCCAAGUACAAGGAACGAGGGACUGUCUUGGCAGAGGACCAGCUUGUACAGAUGUCUAAGCAGCUAGAAAUGUUCAAGACAAAUCUAGAAGAAUUUGCCAGUAAACACAAACAGGAAAUUCGGAAGAACCCCCAGUUCCGGGUUCAGUUUCAAGAUAUGUGCGCGACGAUUGGAGUGGACCCUCUGGCCUCUGGUAAAGGCUUCUGGUCAGAAAUGCUGGGUGUCGGAGAUUUCUACUAUGAGCUUGGUGUCCAGAUAGUAGAAGUCUGUCUGGCUCUAAAGCAUCAGAAUGGAGGUCUGAUAACCCUGGCUGAGCUCCACCAGCAAGUUUUGAAGGGAAGAGGGAAGCUGGCUCAGGAUGUCAGUCAGGAUGAUAUUAUCAGAGCAAUUAAAAAAUUAAAAGUCCUCGGCAGUGGUUUUGGUAUCAUCCCGGUUGGCGGAAGUUACCUGGUGCAGUCAGUUCCAGCUGAACUGAACAUGGAUCACACGGUGGUUUUACAGCUGGCAGAGAAGAAGGGCUAUGUAACAGUCAGUGAAAUAAGGUCAAGUUUAAAUUGGGAGAAGGAAAGAGCUAAACACGUCCUGGAGCAUUUACUAAAGGAAGGCUUGGCCUGGAUUGACUCACAAGCAGGAGAAGAGCCCCACUACUGGCUGCCAGCUCUCUUUUCUGAACUUUAUUGUCAACAGAUCACCCCAGAUGAGAGCAUGGUGGGGGCUCCGUGACAUCCGUCACUGAUGACAGAAAUCUCCACUACCUCAGACUC